AUGACCAUUGUAAGUCCCACACUUUUAGCAUUCAAAGAGUUUGACUAUGUCAUCGUCGGUGGCGGAACAGCUGGCCUGGUCCUAGCGGCGCGCCUGUCCGAGGAUCCGACGAUGACGGUAGGCGUACUCGAAGCCGGGAAAUCGAGACUGGGCGAUGAGAAUGUGGACAGCCCGGCGGGGGUGGGCAAUGUACUUCAUAAUCCUGAAUAUGACUGGGUUUAUCAGUCAACACCACAGGAACAAACAAUACGGUCCACCAUAUUGCCCGAGGCAAAAUGCUGGGGGGGGUCCAGCGGGAUCAAUUAUCUCGCGUAUUGUAGACCAGCAGCGCAAGACAUCGACUUCUGGGAGCAACUAGGCAAUAAAGGCUGGAAUUGGUCUGAGCUACGUCCCUAUUAUCAUCGGAGUGAGGGUCUCGACGGGAAGGCCGGACCGCCGGUCGAAAACAAGCCGGACUUCUUCGCACAUCACCCGCAGUCGCAUGGACGAACAGGACCGAUUCGGACAUCAUUUGCGCCGUGGCGGGUUCCAGUGGAAGAUUCGAUCAUCGCGGCGUUGGAUGAGCUGUCCGGGGUGCGGUCGUCGGGUGAUCCUUGGGAUGGUGAUCAUCUGGGGAUUUACGGAUCGCUGUCCGUGGUUGAUACUGGUAAUGAAGGGGGCAGUCGAAGCUAUGCCGCCACAGCAUAUUUGGCUCCCGCUAUCGACCGGCCAAACCUACACGUCUUGACAGAUGCGACAGCGUGCAGGCUUCUAGUGGAGCGAGGACGCGACGGCUUGACUGCGCGCGGGGUGGAAUUCUCCCACGAGAGUGCCAUCCACGCCGUCCACGCCAGGAGGGAAGUCAUCCUAUCCGCGGGGACGGUGUCCAGCCCUCUCCUGUUGGAGCUUUCUGGGAUCGGCGAUCCGGGUGUUCUCGGGGCUGCCGGCGUAGAAUGUCUUGUUCGAAACCCGGCGGUGGGCAACAACUUACGCGAACAUCCCAUGACCUGUAUCACGUAUGAGCUGGCAGAGGGCCAGAUCUCACUCGAUUCUCUGUUCGAUGAGUCAGCUGCUCACACUGCGAAACAGCAGCUGCUAACCACUGACGACUGCAGUGGUUCCUUCAACGGAGCCAUGGGGCUGGCUGGCUUCUUGCCGUAUACGACUCUCGUUUCGGCCAGGGAGCUCAACGAAACGGUAUCUCAAAUGAUCGGCGAUGAGACGCCCCUACCCAGUGGCGUCUCCGAAGUCGAGAAACAGGAGCUGGUCGCACGCCUGCAGAAUCCCCAAUAUGGCGCCGUGCAGGUUGUGGGCUGUCCGGCCUACUUCGAUGUGUCUGCUGGACAGAGAGACCAGAGCCAACUAAUGCGAGGCGCUCCACCGGGCCGGAAUGCUUGUUACGCCUUUCUCCUUAGUUUAGCCGCCCCGUUUUCGCAGGGUAGCUCGCACAUCACCUGCGCGGACCCAUUUGCGUCGCCCCGAAUCGAUCUGGGCCUGCUUUCCCAGUCAGUCGAUGUCCACAUCCUCGCCGGAGCUCUAGACUUUGCAGAUCGGGUCUUCCGGUCCGCGAGGGUCAUCGACAAGAUCGCGGAGCGGGUCUAUCCGCCGCCCGAGAUCGAUCUCGCAGAUCGAGAACAGGGUCGAGAGUUCGUCAGAAGCCAUACAACGGUCUUCAAUCACAUGCUAGGCACCUGCGCGAUGGGUCAUGUUGUGGAUGAGCGGCUGCGUGUGAAGGGGAUGGGCGGGCUGAGAGUGGUGGACGCGAGCGUGUUCCCCACACAAAUUUCAGGCAACAUCAUGGCCACCGUGUACGCGAUUGCAGAACGGGCUGCAGAUUUCAUUCUCAGUGAUCGCUUCGAGUAG